UGGGGAAUUGCUGUAUCGCACCUACUGUGCCAAACUCCGUGAUUCUGGCACAAUGGAUGAACCAAAGGUCCUCCGCAAGGAUCAGCUCGAAAUCAGCUUGCACAAUGAGAAAAAGCUGAUCAAGGAGGGAACUAUCAAGGAUGACAACCCUCUUGACCUGAGCGAGCCCUUUCGGGAGCUCUGCAAUGCGUGUCGUAAGGGGGAUCUCAAGGUUUGUCAGGAAAAGAUCACAGAAGGAGUCAACAUCAAUGCUCGCGAUCCAUACGAUUACACCCCUUUGAUCCUGGCAAGUCUCUGUGGUCAUUACGAGGUUGUUCAGCUGCUGCUCGAGUCCGGGGCUUUAUGCGAACGAGAUACUUUUCAGGGCGAGAGAUGUUUGUACAACGCCCUCAAUGAUCGUAUACGGAAUCUGCUUCUGGAAUACGAUUAUUCGAAAUCGACAGACCCUCUACAGCCUCUUGCGGCUCACGUCACGUCACUUCUCACGCGCGAAAGCCCUGUGACAUCGGACAUUGUUGUGGCAGCCGGCGAUGAGUCUCUUCAUCUGCACAAGUUCAUCUUGGCCGCACGGUCUCCCUACUUCCGCAACAAGUUGGCCACCGCCCCCGAUACCUCCAUUUGGAGGCUUCCCAGCACAAUUCCACCUGAGGCAUUUGGGACGGCAAUCAAAUAUCUCUAUUUCGGCGAAGCCCCGCGUGACAUCCGCAGUGGCCCGGGGACCGGAUUCACCGAGUCUGAGGUCUUCUCGAACAUCGAUAAGAUCGCCAAACAUUUAGAAAUCAACACACUGUUGGAUAGUAUUCUUGAUAGCGGGGAUAGAAGGCUUGCUAGACAAAGACGGACGCUCGAGGUGGCCAAAGGGCGAGAUCAGUUGGAGCAAUGGUUCCGAGCGAAUGUGCUCCAGCACAAAGUGACUUUGGAAACAUCGCGAGCGGAUGAGGUGAGGUGGGAUAGAGAUAACCCAAUCUUCGCGGACGUGUUACUUCGAGCAGAUGAGGAUCUCGACGAUGUGGACGAGCUCAGCGAUCACAAGGCCACCAACGGUGAUUCCGUCACUCCGCGUGUCCAAAAGAGCAUUCUCUUCCCCUGCCACCGGGCCAUGCUUCUGCGAUCCGAGUUCUUUCAAACGAUGUUUACCUCUCCCUUCCGCGAGGCGCACAUGAAGGAUCACCUCAAUAUCAUCCCACUUGACUGCUCUCCGGACGUCCUUGAGAUCGUGCUUACCUUCCUCUACACAGAGCGCGCGGACUUCCCGCUCGACAUCGCUGUCGACGUCCUCUUCGCCGCGGACAUGCUCUUCAUUGAAAAGCUAAAGACCAAGGCCGCCGUCGUGAUCAGCACUCUGGGCAGCGGCAACAUGUCGCAGGCUGAAGCGGCCCGCACGCGCGGCACCAAGGAAGAAGAUGACCUCGACAUCUACGCUAUCAUCCGUGCCGCCUGGCUGACGCGCGUGCAGCGCCUCGAAGAAUUCGCCGCCCGCUACCUCGCCUACCGGCUGGAAGCCCACAUCGACUCCCCCGAGUUCUCGGAGUUGAUCCAGGAGUCCGCCGCCCGCAUCCAAGGCCGCCAGGAGACUGACUCCAUCGAGUUGCUGGACGACAUCCGGUUCUAUCUUGGCGAGCGCUUCCGCUUGCGCUUCGACGAUGCCGGCAUCGACGAGAUGAUGGAGGAAGAAGCAAAGCAGGAAUCCGCCGCGCAGCAGGCCCAGGCUCCCGUCGCGGAGGGCCAGGGUGAUGAGCAGAACGGCGUUGACGCCGCCGUGGACAAGGUGGCUGAGGGCGUGCAAUCCUUGGACCUCUCCAGUACCAAGGACGAACAGCCACUACGCCCAAUUUCCAUGAACGGCGAAUCCACAGAUCCCCAGCAACCUGUCAUCCGGACGCUGGACGGAGAGGUUGUCGUCGACGAAUUUGACCAGGACGCGCUCAACUACCAGAUCCUCAUGGACAAGCUGGAUAGAAUCUUGGAGACCCUCAACUUAGAUGCUUGAGAUGUUGAAAACCUGGUUACGGCCCUGCUCUCCGGCCGUGACCUUCUGCGAGCGUACAAAAUGAUGAUUGAUGACUACGACAUAUAUAUAUAUAUACACACACACACGCAACACAUGGGAUCGGUACAGUGUCUACUUAUAUACAUGGAACGGACUGCGACGGAAAUAUCUCUUUUUG